AUGGCCUCUACCGAAGAAUCGUCCAUAGCGCUUUCAUCACGGCACGAAGCCACCGCUCUGCAGGAUGCGACCGACAAAUCUUCUGGAAGCAUUCACAGUCCGGAAAAGCGACUACAACUCUUUUCUCGGGAAAGACGAGUUGUCCGUCGAUGUCGCUUUUUGGUGUACGCGGUCCUAUUUGCCACGGGCCUGAUAGCGUCGUUGGGAACUUUCUUUUACACUCGUAGUGCAGACCGCAUUGAAUUCCAGGAAGACGUCGAGGAAAUUUCCAGCGUACUCCAUAGAAGUGUCAGGAAUAACCUCCGCACGACCAUAGAAGCUAUUGACGCCUUCGCUUCGGAUGUGUCAACGUUUGCCCAAUUUUCAAGUAACGUGACUACUUGGCCUUUUGUCACUAUACCACGGUUUGAAGAAAAAGGUGUGAAGCUCCAAAACGCGGUCAAAACGACCAAUUUUUUAUUCCUUCCAUUGGUCCCUGAAGCUGAUCGUGAAGCCUGGGAAGCGUAUGCGGUAAACCAUCACCAAAAAUGGUUACAAGAAAGCUUGGACUACCAGAGUGAGGUGGAUGGGGCCACUCCGGUCAAGGCCGGGGCAAUUUCACCUUCAAUAUACAAUGAGGCGGGGAGUGAACUGGGGACAGGACCCUACCUUCCACUAUGGCAGACUACGCCGCAAGCACAACCAUGGAACUCAUACAACUUUAACAUGCUCAAUCAAGUGGAAUUUGCUGAAGGGUUGCAACAAGUUUUAUCUAGUCGAAAAGCGGUCGUGGCUGGAAGUUUUGCGGCCACCGAUGAAGUUCUCGGUCUCUUUUACGGAAACAAAGAAAACUCGCAAGAAGGAUUGCUGAGUCUGUUCUUCCAGCCAAUCUAUGAAAGCCACUCUGAACCUAUGGGUUUGGUUGGAGUACUUGCCACUCUCAUAGACUGGAAUCUUGUUUUUGAAACCGAUGUUACUUUCAAUGCUGAUGGUCUAAUUGCCGUGCUCGAAACCAACUGUGGAGAAUCAUCAACCUAUAUGGUGAACGAACAUUCCUUGGAAUUUGUUGCAGGUGACCUAUACAAUCACAACUACGGCCUCGUUGAUGACGAGUUAGAUAUCAGCUUGUUCGACUCGCUAGGACAGCUACCGACUCCGGUCGACAGCGAAAGUUGCCAGUACAGGUUUUCCACGUACGAUUCCAAAAAGAAGGAGAACGGGGUUUCUUCUCAAGAUGCUGCUAUGCACAGCACAUACGUGGCCCUCAUUUUUGUGUUCACGAUGCUCUUGUUCAUCUUGUAUGAUUAUGUCGUACAGAAACAGCAACAGUUGAUACUCCAACAGGCCGAAGAAUCCACGGCGCUGGUUUCGUCUCUCUUUCCUGAAGGUGUUUGCAAUCGAUUGAUGCGCACCUCUAGAGUAGCAACAGAAAACGGAGCAAACAAAACUGGCUCCGCCAUCAAUGUACCUCACGACCAUGACAUUUUGGAUCUGGACGACUUUUCAGACUCAUGCAUCAAAGGAUACUCAAAAGAAUCUCCCAAGUGGCGCCUCAAGUCCAUGAUUCGAGAGUCGACAGCUGACUUUUCGGAGGUAACAAUCAACGAAACAAGACCUAUUGCCGACUUUUUUCCGAAUUGCACUGUUCUAUUUGCCGAUAUUGUUGGUUUCACUGCUUGGAGUUCUCAGCAUUCCCCUGGUCAAGUCUUUACUUUGUUACAAAAUGUAUACGCAGCGUUCGACAAGAUCGCGCGGAAGCUUGAUGUCUUUAAAGUUGAAACAAUCGGAGACAGCUACGUUGCAGUAACUGGACUACCAGACCACCAGGAAGACCAUGCGCUUAUUAUGACUGGAUUUGCUUUAGAGUGCCGGAGCCGGAUGCGGGAAGUUACUGGAAAAUUGGAGCGGGCACUUGGACCAGAGACGGGUGAUCUUCGGAUGCGAUUUGGAAUGCACUCUGGACCGGUGACAGCAGGUGUUCUCCGUGGCGAUCGAGCACGCUUCCAGCUUUUUGGUGAUACAGUCAACACCGCUUCCCGUAUGGAAAGCUCCGGAAUGGCGGAUCGUCUCCAGGUGUCCGAGUCUACCGCCGUUCUACUGCGAAGUGCGGGAAAAGUGCAUUGGAUCCAAGAGCGAGCUGAGUCUAUCCACAUCAAGGGAAAAGGGGAUAUGAAGACUUUCUGGAUCAAACCAAUGGAACGUGAUUUGAGUUUGCCAAGCUCAGAUAGCCUAGAAAUCUCAUCUCAAGCAAAGUCGCCGCGCUCUUCAAUGGAAAAUUUUCGAGACGUGGAUGGCAAUCACUCUAAGAGAAAGUUGCUUAUGUCCAAAAACUCAAUGGUCUGGGGUGAUUCACAAGAGUUUCUGGAGUCCAUGAAGCGCAAUGAAAAUGAAGAUGGUGCCGAAUUGGCACUUUUUACUGCAGCAUUUCCAGGCUCAACCGCAUUGGAUGAAGUAGUGGAGAUAAUCACUUUGCCCAAAUUUGACGCAAAUGCAGUUGCCAGUCUUCAAGACAUUGACCCAGAUUUGGUAACCUUCGAAAGCGAUGCAAUUGAGAAGCAAUUGCGAGACUAUGUUACUGCAAUCGCUUCAAUGUAUCGUGACAACCCUUUUCAUAGCUAUGAACAUGCCUGUCAUGUACAAUUGUCCAUGUGCAAAUUGUUACAAAGAGUGGUUGCACCAGAUGGGAUUGACUGUGAUGGAGAUACUUCCGCGUUUGCCUUGAAAGCGCAUACGUACACCUACGGCAUCACUUCGGAUCCCUUAACUCAGUUUGCUGUUGUUUUCUGCGCCUUGAUCCAUGACGUGGAUCACACCGGCGUAUCAAAUGGUCAACUUAUCAAAGAGAAGGCGCAUGUCGCUUCUUUGUAUAGAAAUCAGAGCAUUGCCGAGCAGAAUUCCGUGGAUCUGGCCUGGGAUCUUCUGAUGGAUGAACGAUACAUGGAUUUACGAAAAGUUUUGUUUAGGACCCAGUCAGACUUCACACAAUUCCGUCAGCUUGUGGUGAACGUUGUUCUAGCCACGGAUAAUUUUGACAAGGAGCUUAGUACUUUGCGAAAGAACCGAUGGAACAAGGCCUUUACUGAUGUGCAAGUGGACGAGUCGGCUAGCAUUGCGGCAAACCGCAAAGCCACAAUUGUUAUUGAGCAUCUUAUCCAGGCCUCGGAUGUAUCUCAUACUAUGCAGCAUUGGGAUGUCUACUGCAAGUGGAAUGAGCGACUGUUCUAUGAAAUGUAUGCUGCCUUCAAGUCCGGUCGGACGGACACAAAUCCAGCACCAGGAUGGUACAAAGGCGAACUCUGGUUUUUUGAUAAUUAUGUCAUUCCUUUGGCCAAAAAGCUGAAAGAUUGUGGAGUCUUUGGAGUUUGUAGCGAUGAAUGCUUAAACUACGCUCUCGAAAAUAGAAACAUGUGGGAAGCGCAUGGAGAAGCAGUUGUGGCCAUGAUGCUAACUACUGACUUUUAUACGAAGUUGAAGCAAGAACGAAUGGCGCGGAUGCCUCAACGCAGGGCAAAACUAGCUGUCGAUUUGUAACUUUACCCGACAAGCGAGUUCAAUCGGUAACACCGUUAAGCACAGCGUCACUUGCUUUACAGCAUAGCUUCUUAAAUCUGCUAUAAAAUGUAGUACUCUUCACAUUUACAAACUUCGUUAGCCGACAAGAGCUCUAGUAAU